AUUUAAGUAUGGAUAACUUCGAUACUAGAAUGAUUAUUUCGCAUAAUGACACCCCUCCAAUGGACAGUAUUAUAACGGAUAACACACCAACAUGUAGUUUAAUUCCGCUUGGUUCAGAUAAAGAUAAUAAAGUUAAAUUAAACAAUUCACAGCUUUUGUCUACAGACGGUUGGGAGAAUUAUCAAAAAGACCUUAUACAGUUAUGUUUUGAAUUUUGGGAAGUAAACGAAACACAAGUCAAAGUAAACAAUAGUUUACAGUCUGAUUCAGUAAGUGAACUACAAACACCGUCGUCUUUAUUUGCCGAUAGUUAUCACAGAAAUGUCAAUAAAUUUGAAUCAAAAGCCACUAUUAACAAUGUUAUUAUUUCAGACAAAGUUCAUAACAAAGAAUGCGCUGAGAUUAAUGAUAAUUCUUUAAUAAAUAAAUACGAAGAUGACCCAGGUAUUCAAGAAUUUUCUAAAGCUAUAAAUAUUAAUUUAGAUGGGAUCACUAAUGAAAAUAGUUCAACAAUUCUUGACAACAGAGUAAAUAAAAGAACUAAAAAAAAAUUGAAAACAUUUUCUUUCUACAAAAAUACGAGCAAACAUGUCAAACCAUCUAAAAAAGUACAACCAGUAAUUUUUGAUGGUUAUACAUCAUGCACUCUAGAAGACUUGUGGAAAUAUAAAAAAUGGUUGGACUCAGUUGAUAAAGUUAAAAAAUAUAAUCCAGAUAUAGAUAUUAAAGAUGGAAAUAUCAAAGAAAAUAAAAAUUCUGAUAAAGUAAACUGUGAUAAAAUAAAUGAUUGCAAUACAUAUUCACUAGAUUUCGAAGCAAUAGAAAUGGAACAAAAAGUUCGAAAACUUGUUAAAUCAUUAAAUGAGAAGGAUAAAUUGUUCUCAAACAUAGGAAUAAAUGAGCAAUCAACUAAAUUUGGAUCGUCAAAUAAAUUUAAAUAUUUUUUUAAAAACGCUUUUCGAGGAACUCAGAAUGAAUUUGAUACCCAAAUUUUGGAUGAUUACACAAAAUUUAUCAAUCACAAAUUGCAUACAUGGCAGAGUUUAUUGAAUUGUUUAGAAGAUAUUAGACAAAGGAAGUCUUCUAAAAUUAAAAUGUGUAAUCCUUCGGAAGAUCCGAUUAAGUAUAGGUUUUCUGAAAUAAAUUACCACGAUUUUAAAGUAACGGAUGACUAUGAUGACAAUAAUUCCAAAUUUGUCGAAAUAAACGACAAUUUCAGUGAAAUGGGAAAGCUAAAAAAAAAUAAGUUUUUAAAAUUGCUUAACAAAACAAAAAGUACUAUGGAUAUGCGUACAUUAGUUAAACGGACUACAGAACGAAAUAGCAUAGAUAGUAUCCGAAUGAAUAAUUACCAAUGUACAUCGAACACAGUUAUCGAUGGUAAAUUACUUAAAAUGGACACUGAGAUUUUAAACAUGAAUAAAAAUAGGAAAUUUUCGGGCCGGAUUAGGAAAAGUUUAUCAGAUACCGAUAUACCAGUCAUGGCAUCAGAUUACGACAAAUCAAAACAAAUUGGAAAUAAAACCACCAGAAUUAACGGGAAAAAAAUAAUCACUGAAGCGUCGAUGACGGACGAAGAAUACAAUCGUCGUUGGGACGGCGUGACUAGAGAAUUGUGGGAGGAACGGCAGGAGUGCUUUCAGACGGCUGUGGCUCGUUUAGAGUACGUAGGGAGUACGUUUAAUGAACAAUGUCGAUUGGAUGGACUGAAAACCCUAUGCAAAGUAGACGUAUUGGCGGGCUUUGGAUAUUCAGCAGAAGCGGUCGACCUAUUUGUGUCCACGCUGCCAUUAAGUAUGAAUCCUGAUCUAAUGAUUCGAAAAGCCGAAGCAGCGUACGACUGGAGGUUUUUCUGUCAUCUUUCUAUGUGGCGUUAUUCCUAUAAAGAUUGAAAAAUGAAUUGACAUAUUAUAAACAUUGCUGGAUUACCUAUAGGUAUAUACUAUUAUACUAGUUGCCAUAACUCACUUAAGUCACUAUAUAAGGUAUCUCAUUUGUCGUUUGUAAAUAUUUAAUACUUUACCUACAAUCAAUAUACAUAAGUGUGAUUGUAUUAAUAACAAUUAUUAUACUAAUUAGCAUUAGAAAUAGUUUUUUUUUUACUUAUAAAUACGCCUCAACUGCUAUAAGGUUUAUUGGCGUUUCUGAUUAUAUUUUAUAAUUUAUACAAUUAUUAGCAAUAAUUAUUUAAUAUUUUUGGUUAAACUAUGUUUUGUCUUUUGUAUUUUGUAAUAAUUCUGUUUUAUAUUUAAAUUUAAAUCCAUCCAGUAUAUGCUAACAUAUAGCCAUAUAUAGCCAUAGGUACAUAUAAUAUAUUGUUAAACA